GGCUUGGCUACCCCCGGUGUUCAGACGCAAAAGCCCCUGUUUCAACAUCGGGUCACAUCUAGAGGAGGCCAUGUGCUCUCUCUCUCUCUCUCUCCUUUACUCUGGAAGUCUGAAGUCUGAACACUGAACAGGGCUUUCUGUGUUGUUAGUACGAGCAAGCUUAACAAGGGAAAGAAAAGGCCCUGAAACAAGGAAGCUGUUUCUUCUCUUAAAAGUAAGUGUAAAAAACCCAUCAAUUCUUUCUUUCUUUAGGUUUGGUCCUUCUUCUGUCGCAACAGCCAUGAACUUCAGUCGACCGAACUAGAACUGCGAUAUCAUGAAGAGAAAGAGAGCCCAGCUUCUGCCUGUUUCUUCCUCUGAUUCUGCUUUGCACCUUUGGCUUCUCUGGGUUUCCUUUGAUUCGUGAUGAGAGAGAAGUUGCUUUAAAUUCAAGGGAGAAUGGGCGAAGAUAACUGGGGUAUGCAACCUUCUGGAGCUCCACUAAACGUGCAGAGAGAGGAGCACUGGAGACAUUUUGAUAACUCUGUGAAUGCGGUUUCUUUUGGGUUUGUUGCUACUGCGAUUCUUAUUUCUAUGUUCUUAGCUAUGGCCAUUUUCGAAAGAUUUCUUAGGCCCAGAUCAACGGCACUAACGCCUUCCGGCGCACGAAAUCACAGUGAUCUCGAGGCACAGAUGACCUUCAACGGAAAGCUUGGUCACCCAUCACCCAAAAUGUCAAUAUAUGCUAGUGGUGUGUCAGUUUUGAUGCCCGGAGAAGAAAUCCCCACCUUCAUUGCUCACCCAGCUCCCGCGCCAUGUCCCCCCGAGCGCAUGUCACGGCCUCUCCACCAACAUGUCUCAUUCAACAGCCCUACAGCUGCCCAAGGCAUGAUGAACUCAGUUUCAAACUUGAGUUGAAUAGAGAGAAGCACAUAGUACAUUACUCUGAAUUCAAACCCAGUUCAUGAAGAAGAUCAUCCAGUUCAAGAAAAAAAAUACAACCCUGAAAAGGGAGCUUUAUUGAAGAUAACAAUCAAAACACUUGGGGCUCGAACUUGAGCCGGAAAAUUCCUUUCUUUCCCAUUUCCUGUUGUGUAUACUGAAAUUGGUGAGCGGGCUAUUCAGGCUUAAGACCAUCCGAAACAACUUCAGAGGAGCUUAUUUAUUUCCUUCUGCCUCAAUUUGUCUUUUCCUCUGGUUCAGAUUUUCACAGUGAUUCAGAUCUGCCCCCAAAGGGAUGGGCUGCUCAUCCUUUGAAGUGAUUGGUCUUGACGUCUUGUAAGCAUCGAAGAAAAUAGCUGUUGUUUGGAAUGUUGAGGGACAUUUUGCCUGUUGGUGUUUUUUAAACUCAUCAAGUGGUUUUCUUUUCUUUA